AUCACUCCUUAUUGAAAACAUGCAAUUCUCUGCCCCCAAAAUCACUCCCUAUGUUACGCACUUCUUUCCAGCACGAAUUUCUCAAAAAUAUUCUAGGAAAUGAAAAACCCACCUUCGUCUUACUCUAUGUAAACCGUUUCUCUAUUGAAAACCUGCAAUUCUCUUCCGGUUUUCCUCUAAUUCAAAGGAAUAUGUGGCGUGUAUUAUAAAUGUUCCUUAGGAUUUUCUAUGGAGAUGAAGAGAAGGUUCCUCUCUCUUCCUGUAUUUGUGGUCCUAUUGCUCAUUGUCUUUGUUUACUACUCCACUGUCUUCGUAUUUAUAGAGGAAUGGCUGAGUUUGAAAAGCUCUCAUGGCCUAUUGAAUUCCUUAAUUUUCACUUUUUUUGCGGCCAUGAUCCUUUCAUCAUAUGCCACUGCAAUUCUCAGAGAUCCAGGUCGUGUUCCUUAUGGUCUUGUGCCUGAUAUUGAAGGCUCAAAUGAUAACAUAAAUGGGCCAAAAGAAACGGGUGCACAUAAAAGGUAUUGUGAGAAAUGUUGCCAUCACAAGCCUCCACGAGCACACCACUGUCGUGUCUGCAGGAGGUGUGUGCUGAGAAUGGACCAUCACUGUAUCUGGAUAAAUAACUGUGUGGGUCAUGGAAACUAUAGGCCCUUCCUUGUCUCUGUCUUGUAUUCUGGCAUAGCAAGCACAUAUUCCAUGGUGAUAUUUCUAUGCAAUACCCUGCAGAAGUAUGAUCAAUUCUCUACUCUCGCAUACAAUGUUUUUUAUGUAUUUUGUGGGGCAAUCAUAGUUUCAUUGUGCUUGGUGCUUGACAGUCUCUUGGGUUGGCAAAUCUACCUCCUUUGUCGUAACAUGACAACCAUAGAGUAUCGUGCGGGGGUUAGGGCCAAGUGGCUUGCCAAGAAAGCUGGUCAGAACUAUCACCAUCCAUAUGACCUUGGUGUCUGCAAGAAUCUCAACUCGGUGCUAGGCCAAAAUAUGUUAAUGUGGGUGUGCCCAAUAAGCAGCGGACAUCGCAGUGAUGGGAUCCAUUUCCCUACUUCACGUGACUGACUGUGAGAUGAUUUAGCAAAUUGACACAGUAAAUUGAUGCAUCAGCAGGAGGUUAAUUGCCAUGUUCCUUAAGGGACCUUGUUGUGGAUGACCCAGAUGGGAAGAGACUGAAGCUUUCUUACACUGUUAUUUGAAACCCAUUCUCUUGUCGCGUUACAACUCAUAAAGCCAUUUCAAGUGUUAAUUAAAAUGUGUGUGAGAGAGAGAGAGGGAGAGAGAGGGAGAGGGAGAGAGGGAGAGAGAGAGAGAGACCUGGAUGUCGGAAACAAUUAGCUAUGUCCUUCAAACUACUGAAACAAUGAGCCCUGUCCUUCAAACUACCGUCCUCCAAUCCAGUUUAGAACAUAAAAUGGAUGAUCUCUGUCAUGGCUUACUUUUUACCAAAUUGAUGAUAAAGGGUUGUAAACUGCGAGCAUUUAAUUUGAUGUCUAUUAUUAUUGGUAGUGGACUUUAUUAA